GAAGUACUCGAGUUGGAGUUUUGAUCUUGUUUGCUAGUAGCAGAGGUUCUUGCAUGAUUAAUGGCGAAAAUGACUCUAAUUUCUUUUAUAUAUAUAGAUAUAUAUAUAGAGAGAGAGAUGCAGGCCGGAGCAGAGGAGCAAGGAGAGAGGGGGAGAAGCGUGGCCAUGGGCGACGCUCCGAGUCAGCCGGAGAAGAUGCCUCACGCUGUGUGCAUCCCGUACCCUGCUCAGGGCCACGUCACGCCGAUGAUGAAGCUGGCGAAGCUCCUCCGGUUCUACGGCUUCCGCAUCACCUUCGUCAACACCCACUUCAACCACAAACGCCUGCUCCGCUCCGGUGCCGUCGUCCCUUCGGAGGCUGCCGACCCGGGCUUCCGCUUCGAGUCUAUCCCCGACGGCCUCCCGCCCUCCGAAACCGACGCCACGCAGGAUGUCCCCUCUCUCUGCCACUCCAUCUCCAAGCACGCGCUCCUGCCGUUUCUGGACCUCCUGCGCCGCUUUAACACCGACAGCGGCGACGCGCCGCCCGUCUCCUGCAUCGUCUCCGACGGCUCCAUGAGCUUCACCCUGGACGCCGCCAGAGAGCUCCGCAUCCCUGAGGUUGUCCUCCGGACUUCCAGCGCCUGCGGCUUCAUGGGCUACCUUCACUACCAACACCUCAUCGACCGCGGCCUCACGCCUCUCAAGCACGAAAGCGACAUCACGAACGGAUUCUUGGAUACUCCGAUCGAUUGGGUGCCGGGAAUGAAGAACAUGCGGCUGAGGGACUUCCCGUCCUUCAUCCGGACCACCGACCGGGACGACAUCAUGCUCAACUACUGCAACCGACAGGCACAGCGCUCCACCCUCGCCGCAGCGGUAAUCUUUAAUACUUUCGAUGAACUGGAGGGACCGGUGCUGGAGGCGAUGGCGGCGAUCCUCCCCCCGAUGUACACUGUCGGCCCGCUCUCCUUGCUGCUCCAGCACCACCAGAUUCCUGACGCCCUCGCCUCGCUCCGCUCCAACCUUUGGAAGGAGGAGAGCGGGUGCUUGGAGUGGCUGGACGGCCGCGCGCCGGGCUCGGUAGUGUACGUCAACUUCGGUAGCAUAACGGUGAUGAGCUAUGAGCAGCUGGUGGAGUUCGCGUGGGGACUGGUGGACUCAGAGUACGAGUUCCUGUGGGUGAUCCGGCCGGAUCUGGUGCAGGGGCACGCGCCGGCGCUGCCGGUGGAGUUCCUGGAGAAGACUCGGGAGCGCGGGAUGCUGGCCAGCUGGUGCCCGCAGGAGGAGGUGCUGGGUCACGCCGCCGUGGGAGGAUUUCUUACGCACAGCGGCUGGAACUCAACGCUGGAGAGCAUCGUCGGCGGGGUGCCGAUGCUGUCGUGGCCCUUCUUUUCGGAGCAGCAGACCAACUGCAGGUACGCGUGCACGGAAUGGGGGAACGGGAUGGAGAUCGACAACAACGUGAGAAGGGAGGAAGUGGAGGGACUGAUAAGGAAGCUGAUGGGGAACGGAGAGAAGGGGAGGGAGAUGAGGAGGAGGGCGGCUGGGUGGAAGGAGGCGGCGGAACGGGCGGCGCAGCCCGGGGGUUCGUCGUUCCUCAAUCUGGCGAGAUUGGUCGAUCUGCUGCGCGACUUCUGAAUGAGCUCAAACUUUGUCGUUUCCCCUAACAGAAAAGAAAGGCUUCUGUGAAUGAAGGAAAUGGCUGUCUUGAUGUUAAACUUUUUUUAUGUUUCAUUAUUAAGAGUAUCUCCAACUGUGCAUACGAUAAGUAGGGGUAUUGUCUCCGGCAGGUCAUUUAAAUUAUCAUCUAAAUAUCUAUUGAUAAUCAAAAGAUGCUGAAUUGAUCAUCA